AUGCUUCGUGGUUUAUCGUCUUUCCGUCUUCCGUUGGUUCGGUGUGUACGUGUGGCACCACUAAGGGGUCUCGCAAAGGAUGUCAAGUUUGGAGCGGAUGCUCGGGCUGCCAUGCUAGUUGGCGUUGAUAUUCUUGCGGACGCUGUUGCGGUUACGAUGGGACCGAAGGGCCGAAAUGUUAUCUUAGAGAGCUCGUGGAAAUCUCCAAAGAUAACAAAAGACGGUGUCACCGUCGCGAAGGGAAUUGAGCUGAAAGACAGGUUUCAGAAUAUUGGCGCCAAAUUGGUUCAGGAUGUUGCUAACAACACAAAUGAAGAAGCCGGUGACGGCACUACCACUGCUACCGUAUUGGCUCGGGCGAUCGCUAAGGAAGGAUUCGAGAAGAUAAGCAAAGGAACUAACCCGAUCGAGUUUCGCAGAGGCGUGAUGGCCGCUGUUGACGCUGCGGUCGCUGAGCUGAAACGUCUCUCGAAGCCCAUUUCGACCCCCGAAGAGGUAGCCCAAGUGGCGACUAUUUCUGCGAACGGUGAUAGCAGCAUUGGAGAGCUCAUUUCUACUGCAAUGAAGCGUGUCGGAACAGAUGGCACCAUAACGGUGAAGGAUGGCAAAACACUGAGUGACGAGCUGGAGUUCAUCGAAGGUAUGAAAUUUGACCGGGGUUACAUUUCUCCCUACUUCAUAAACACGGAAAAGGGCGCGCGCUGCGAGUUCCAGGAUGCAUAUGUUCUGUUCUCUGAGAAGAAGAUCAACAGCAUACAGUCCCUCCUACCUGCCUUAGAACUCUGCCAUCAGCAGAAGAAGCCUCUCGUCAUAGUAGCGGAGGAUGUCGAAGGAGAGGCUCUGACUGCGCUAGUGUUGAAUCGACUCAAACUGGGACUCCAGGUUUGUGCUGUAAAAGCCCCAGGUUUUGGAGACAACCGAAAAAAUACCCUGAGGGACAUGGCAAUAGCCACGGGUGGUGUGGUCUUCGGAGACGAAGCGGACAUGUACAAGAUCGAAGACGUACAGCAGCAUGACCUAGGACGAGUGGCGGAGGCCGUUAUUACAAAGGACGAUUGCCUACUCAUGAGGGGUCGUGGUGCUAAAGCAGAAGUGGACAAACGCAUCGCACAGAUCAAAAGUGAAAUGGAAGCAUCGAACAGUGACUACGAGAAGGAGAAGAUGCAGGAGCGCCUCGCAAAGCUCUCAAACGGUGUUGCCGUCAUAAAGGUUGGUGGGAGCAGCGAAGUCGAGGUCAGUGAGAAGAAAGAUCGAUACACCGACGCCCUAAAUGCAACCCGGGCUGCGGUAGAAGAAGGCAUUGUCCCUGGCGGUGGUGUGGCUCUUCUUCGGUGUAUACCUUGUCUCAAAAAUGUCGUCUGCAAAAAUGAAGACCAGAGGAUCGGUGUCCAGAUAGUGCUGCGUGCGCUCUCCACACCUGCAUACACGAUAGCUGCCAACGCCGGUGUGAAUGGAUCAGUUGUGGUGGAGAAAAUCCUCAGUUUGGAGAAGAACAUGGGCUAUGACGCUCUGAAUGACACUUAUGUGGAUAUGCUCGAAGCCGGCAUAAUUGACCCAACUAAGAACCUCUCUUGUAGACGCCGCUGGUGUCGCAUCCCUUCUGACGACGGCGGAAACGGUGGUCACGGAGCUACCGAAAGAGGAGCCACCCAUGUCUGCUGGCAUGGGAGCUGGUAUGGGCGGAAUGGGAGCGCAUGCCGAACCGCGAGGCAGAAUUAUCUAGAUUAUUUAAUAUUGUUUGCAUUACCACGGGAUCAGAUCCCAGAAGAGCUGUCGUCUGCGUACUCGAUAUCUGUGAGCGGAGGUCCAGGGAGCACUUCGGUCCCACAGGCAUUAGAGGCUGGUAGUGAGUCUUCCAUGAUUGUAUCAAUGACGAAGUUGAAGAGGAAAGGUGAAAAAGGACAGCCCUCGAUGUGGUGGACUCAGAAGAGAGCUCCCCGUAGACCUUUACAAGGCCGCGGGAGUUGGCGUACAGUGCCUUAG